UUAGUUUCCGCCCUGCCAAUAAUUUUAAAUUAAUCCCUCCCCAAUAAUCGCGAUUACUUCCCCAUUAAGGACCAUAAUAUACCUACCCUCUUCCUUCGAUUUUCCUCCCUCCACCACCCACGUAGACCCUCAUCCCCUGACUCAAAUCCCUCUUCAUCAUGUGUAAACACAUCCUCAACGCCCAAGUGGCCAUUCGUUCGGCAUGCUGCAAGAAGUGGUUCGACUGCGCCGAAUGCCACCAUGAACAAGAAUCCCAUGCCCUCAUGAAGACCACCGAAAUGGUGUUCGCCUGUAAAAAGUGCAAGAAAUGUUUCCGGAAGGACUCGACAGAAUUCGAAGAGAGUGACGAAUACUGCCCGCAUUGCGAUAACCACUUCGUGCUGGAGGCCGUCACACCCAAGCCCGCAUUGCAGGUCGAGGGUGAGGAUGCUCGUGUCGACAACAGAAUGCUCAAGGAUGACCGAGUACGCGGCCACCAGGAGCGGUCGAUCUUCAACGUCAGGGAUGCCGAAGAUCGUCUGGGAUAAGUGGAGGCGGCCAACUGUGGAUUACGACGAUUACGAUAUUAUGCUUUCUACCUCCUGCCGACAGUCAGGCUACAAAUCUUUAGACGACGAUAUUCCUAGAGAGACCUCCCGGGGGUCUCUGUGUAUAA